CAAAAAUUUAGAUAUAUUUUACCUGAACGAUCAAUUCGAUGUCGGCGCCUGAAGCCCCCGCUUCGCAACCUGCUGACGCCGAAAAUGUGAUUCCUCGCGCCGAACUCGAUGUCUCGAAGCUGCAUGCACUACCCUCAGAACAACAAGACCUCUACCUCCUGACCUUCACAACCGACCUUGUCCAAUAUACUGCGAAACUCGAUAAAGAUGGAAUAUUCUCGCAGCAAGAAUUUAUUAAACGAGAGCUAUUCAAAAUUAUAAAACUUCAGUCGCCGGUCCCAACACGAUUAAUCCGGAAUAAUAUAGGCAGAUGCUUUGGUGCGAUAUUCACAAAGGGGAACCGUGCUAUACUCUACGAUACAGUCAACGAAUUGAUAGGGAUACUAAAUGCAGGAAAGAAUGAAGUGGAUCUUAAGGCAAAAUUUGCAGCUGCCGUUGCGCUUGGAGAGAUAUUCACGGUCGCGGGCGGCUCCCUCAUCAACCAGUCAAGCGUGACCUGCGCUGUGCUACUCAAACUGUUCAAAUCCUCGCAACAGCAUGCAGGGCUCAGAAGCUCUCUCUAUACUGCGAUAAGGAAAGUUGUCGCUGGGAUAGGCACACCGGUUGACGAAUCAACGGCGAAAGAUAUAUGGAAGCAUGCUAGAAACGCGGCCGUGAGCGACAAGGCGUAUUCUGUUCAGGCCAGCGCGUGUCUGUGCCUAGAGCAGCUGAUUAAGAGUACGCCGUAUUUCAAUAAUUUGAAUGACUUUGAAAACCUGAAGUCAACCAUAUGGAAGGUCAUUGAUAGUCCUGUGACUUCCGUGAGACAUGCGUCGGCUGCAUGUCUUGCUGCCAUUUUGGUCAAGGGGCAUUCCGUUGGUGGUCAAGUCGACGUACCCACUGUGAAACGGCCGAAGAAGCCCCUCAAGAAGCCAGAUCCCGCGGCUGUAGAGGAUGAAAUUCCUGAACGCCCGCAAUCUCCGUCGGGGCGGAAGUCAGAGGCUACACUGGCACUUAAGCUCCCGGACCUUCUCCUGCAGCUAUCCGUCCAAUAUUGCCGAACUUCAACUGGAAACCGCGCAAGAGCUGGAAUAGCAGUAUGCUACAAGCUGUUUUUGCGCGGUGUGGGCGAAAAAUUGGUUGAAGAGCGUUACGCUGAGAUUGCUCGCCAUCUACUCUUUACGCUUCUCAACCACGCCACGAUAGUAAAUAAUCGGUAUCGCUUGCUUAUGACCCGGAAAUUUAUUAAACAUAUUCUCGAGGAUGUGGUGGGAUCCGAGAUAUUGAGUGAAAGUGGCCAGCUUAGUGCCGCCAAAUGGCUGAUCAAUGAUGUGCUGAAGGAUUAUCCCCAAGUGAUGCAGGAGCGUCGAGAACCGAGCAAGCAUACGCUCACCUGUGCUGUGAGCGCUCUAUCCUCUCUGAUAUCCUCCUUGGGUUCCGCUAUUGGCACCAUCGCAGAAAGUUUCCGUGAGGCUCUAUUGCAAGAUCUGCAGCACCCCAGCUACACUGUCCAAAUAUAUGUCUCACACUGUUUACGGAAUUUCGUACUCGCGUGCCCUCAGCAGCUCCUUUCAUGCAUAACAAUAUGCAUGAACAGCUUGCAUAGAGAGAUCGGGCAGCUAUCCACCCCUAGGCAGUCAAGUCGUCGUUGUCUUGGGUAUGCCCAUGGCCUAGCAUCUAUGCUCAGCACCUCACGACUCCAGCCUCUUUAUGGCUCUGUGGAUAUAUACUCACGAGUACUGUCUCAGGCCACUGAUCUGCUCAAAACAAGUGGUAGCUCGGAGCUGAGAACAGCCAGCACACAAAUACAGGUGGCAUGGAUACUAAUCGGAGGCCUCCUGCCGCUCGGCCCAAAUUUCACCAAAAUACAUCUCUCACAGCUUCUGUUACUUUGGAAAAAUGCCCUUCCAAGAGCAUUACCUAAAGACGAUCUAGCUAAGCGUAGCCCCCUGGAAUUGAGCUUUUUGGCUCAUGUUAGGGAAUGUGCUCUAAGUUCAAUUCUUGUGUUUCUAGAAUUUAACAGCAAACUCGUCACAUCUGACGGAGCAAAGAGAAUCGCGACAAUGCUUCAAAAUACGGUUGUAUUCCUUGAGAAUCUCCCUCGCAUCAAAUCUUCCGAGGAUAUUUCUCAACGCCUGUCACCCUCCUUACAGCUCAAAGACUAUCCAGUUCUAGUCCGACGACGGGUUUUACAGUGCUUUGAGAAAUUGGUAAAUCUAAGCCAUACCAAUGUUGCGGAUAUUCUGUCAUUGUCAAACGUGCUUGGUAUUGCAAUAUCUUCCUUUGCCGAUCCAGACGUUUCAAAUCCACUUGACUCUUCAGUGGCGAGCGCCGCUACAAAUUUUGAGAACUUGUGGGAUCUUGAUGAUAACUUUGGUUUUGGCGUCACUGGCCUCGCUAUGGAAUUUUCUCAAAACAGUGAUCACAAAGGUCACAAUAUUGGUGCUCGACAGCUCCCUAGCAAUGCCGAUCGGGUGAUCGACAGCACUUUAAUUUCGCCGAUAUGCCAAGGCAGAGAACACGAUUCAAUUCUCCUCUAUUCGACGAAAGAUGUUAAGCACGGCUCCCUUCCUGAUCCUCCAACUACCGAAGUUGUCAAUGCUUCCAUUAAGCUAUUUGCUACUACACUUCCAUCGCAGGCGCCAAAAGUCCAGGAGAGCAGUGUCGAACAAAUAGCUACGCUUUUAGCUUCACAAAGUCUCGUUCGGAACCCAGGGAGAAAAGCUGCUAUGACAGUCAACAUUGCUAUGGCUCUGUUACAUGCUCUCAGAGUUGCACUGAAGGAGACAGAUUUCCCACCUGGCAACUUAAAAAAUCCUGCAACGGAGAAGAUUGUUCAGGAACUUCUCCAGACAUUUCUUGCAGAUCCCGAUUACGUUGUUCGUACCAUAGCCUUUGAAGCGCUUGGACGAUUAUGCAACAGUGCGGGCAACUCGUUUACGAACACUCAGAUCAAUUCUAUCAUUGAUACAAUUGUCGAGAACCGUGACCCCAACGCUCGUGCCGGAUGCGCUGCUGCAUUGGGCUCGAUUCAUGCCCAAGUUGGCGGCAUGGCGGCGGGUUUCCAUUUGAAAACUAUUAUCAGCGUCCUCAUGUCGCUUUGCAGUGAUCCUCAUCCUGUUGUCCAUUUUUGGGCCUUGGAAGGGUUGUUACGAGUUGUUGAUUCUGCUGGAUUGACGUUCUCUGCAUAUGUUUCUGGCUCUCUAGGCAUGCUAGCGCGUCUAUAUGCUGCCGAUACGCACAACGAAGAGUCAGCGUUGAUUGCUACAUCUAAUCAUGAAGCUGUCUUUUCUGCCCCUCUUGCCAUUAGCCGGUGUGUCGAUGCUCUUAUUAAUGUCAUCGGCCCCGACCUUCGCGAUGUAACGAAAACAAGGGAACUUAUCUUCACCCUCGUUAAAGAGUUUCAGCUGGAGCUAGAUAUAUCCAUCGUGGCUGUGAGCUCCAAAUGUCUUGACCAUUUAUCCCUCUAUGCUCCAGAUCAUAUGGAUUUCUCCGGAUAUGUGCACUGGCUUCAGCAGGAGUUGAAUUCUAAAGAUAUGCAGGUUCGUGAGGCUGCAGUGCGAGGCCUGAAUAAUAUCAUGAAACGGGACCCCGAUAAAGUGAUACGAACCGCAUCUGCCACCUUCGAAGAUGAACUCUGGAUGGCAUUGGACAGUAUUCCCGACAAUGGGCUACUAAAGGAUCUUGUCCGCAAUUGGCUGCACCAGACCGGGCUUACAGAUACUGCGGUUUGGGUUCAACGAUGCCAUAAAGUUCUCACAAAAACCCGUCCAAAAAGCGACGAGAUUCCAAGCCCUAAUACCGCUGCAGCUAAUACAGGUGGCGCUGAACUUCCGGACGAUGAAGUGGCCGGCUUUGCCACCGCAGCUGCGACAGAGAAUAGAGACGCCGGUGAACCAGAUUCACCGACGGGCCAGGAAAUGCUCAAAUGGCAAACACGUAAUUUUGUCAUGAGCUGUUUGAGUGAUCUUCUAAACAUGGUUAGCUCAGAAAUACAGGCGGAUCAGACGAUUCCGUCAGAAGCAGCACUACAGGAAAGGGUGGGUGAGAUGGUUCGUAUGGCAUUUUCUGCCUCUACUGCAAGUGUGAUUGAGUUGAGGAUCUGGGGCCUCAAGAUCCUCGAUCUCAUUCUGAAAAUGUUUGGGAGAACCCCAGAUCCGGACUUUGCAGAGGCUUCUCUGCUCGAGCAGUAUCAAGCUCAAAUUGGCUCCGCUUUGACUCCUGCUUUCGCCGCCGAUUCCUCUCCUGAGCUGGCCUCAGAGGCGAUAAAUGUUUGUGCUACUUUUGUGGGGACCGGAAUUGUUACGAGUGCGGAGAGAAUGGGUCGCAUUUUCAAGCUUCUCGUGGUUGGCUUGGAAAAUUUCGGAGGUGAGUAUUGCCAUAAGUUCAGAAACAACCCGAACACAACCGAUAUUGGUGACCUUAAAGGCCUUAAUUCGAAUGCUCGAGUUAUGGUGAAGUUAGCUUUAUAUUCUGCCUGGGCCAGAUUACAAAUUGCCAGCGGAGAACAAAGUUAUUUGGUCAAAGUUGUACAACCUUAUACUGCCAUGCUUACUCCGCUCUGGCUAUCGUCACUUCAGGAAUAUGCCCGUCUUCGAUUUGAACCCGAUAUAUCCAGCACUCUGGGCUCAAUUGGUCUAUCUGACAACCUAGAUGACACAUACGCUGCCUUGAACCGUGAAAUUCUCUUAAAGGCAAUCGAUGCCAUUGCCAGUCUAGUUGAAAAGGAUAGUGAUUUCGUCUUCGAUGCCUUGGACAACAAAGGGCAGAAACCUAAACUUGAACAAGAGCCAGGUUCCGAAGUUGCUAUUAACGGAACAGAAGGAAAAGGGAAUAACAUUAAUUACCGCGAUGAACCAGUUGCAUUCUUUUUUGUUCUCUUUGGCCUAGCAUUCGAAGCUCUUGUUAGCCAGUCGAGCGCACCAUCCUCCCAGAUCCUCGCGAUAUUACAAGCUCUGCAGAAAAUAUUACGCCCUUCAGUUGCCGGAAACGCGGUUUAUCAAGACGCCGUAUUUUCAGAAACCAUCGAUGCUCUUGAUAGGCUUGUGAUGACCGAAGGCCCCAGUGUCCAAUCCGUUAUUGUCGAAAUUGCUCGAAACCUGGCGCUUCAUCACCAAUCGGCGACAAGAAGUGACGCACGCACCGAAAACCUCUCCGAUGAUAUAGAGCAGCUCUUCGAACUCACUCGCAACAUUAUCCUAGUUCUUGCCGGCAUUCUUCCUAACCUUGGCGACUCUUCCCCGAAGCCUCGUUCUGUGGUCUCAGAAGACUCUAUUCCACUUGUUCAACUCGCGCUAUCUUCGUUGGUGGACAUCACAACUGUUUUCCCCUCGAUCAUUCGGGCCGACCUCCACGCCUGUAUACUGCACAUAUUCGGCACUAUUCUAGCCACCGGUAGCUGUCAAGCGGAAAUCGUGCCCCAAGCACUUCCUAUCUUCCGACGCUUCAUUCGUGACCUCACUGCCCCCCUAAGCUCCAAAACCAUUGAUUCCGGCGAUGAGGGAAAAACCAUUUCUCACCAGAUCCGCGGCUGCGUAACGCGCUUCCUAUCAAUUCUCCGAGUAGCGCAACGCCGAGAAUCAGAUGCGUCUCUUUCUUGCGCCAAAAACACCCUCCUGUCACUAACAAUCCUCCUCACGAACAGCGGCCACGUGAUUCCUCCUCAAGAUUCCUUAAUCCCACAAGUCCUCCAAGAAAUCCUUGACUGUCUUCAGGAUCUUGGCCUUGCCAGCGUUGCUGCAGGAUGCCUAAGAUCUCUUCUUCAUUCUACUCCUCGGUCAUCCGUGGAUGACGCCAUUGCUCGGUUCAUAUUUCCCCGCCUAAUUGCAUUCGUAGCUGGGAUACCCUUGGGCACAGACGGAGUACCACCAAUCGAUCCCGAAAAUAUAAAAUCAUCAAUUGUGCAAACUCUCGUAUCUUGUGUUGGGUCAGCAGCAAUCGCUACCGGUGCUACGCCAAAUGCAAUGGCGCUAUUGAUUCCAGCGUUGCUGAAAAGAGCACAGGGAAAAGGGCCGGCAGUGUAUAAAGAAACCGCUACGAGAUUAUUAGAAUUAGCGCAGGUUGAUCAGAUAUCAUUUAGAAACUUUGCGGCCGGGAUGGACCCCGGAUUGAGAGCGUUGACUGAAGAGAUUUUGCGAAGUACCGGACCUAGCGGAGGAGCCGGAGGUGCAGCCGGAAAUGAUACAGGCGAUCAGAGUGUUGCAGUGCCUAGCAUUACACUUCGAAUGGACUUCUAG